GCCUAUAAAUACCAAGCGACGGGCUUCGCAGACCUUUCCGUUGCUGCUGCCACCGCCAUCUUGAGUGGAAGGUGUCUGGCGCGGUGUCGUUCAUCCGCGGCCAUCUGACUACAGCUCUGCUCCCCCUUCUUGGGGACUGAGCCGGGGGGAACGACCCCAACAUGAGAGCUAAGUGGCGAAAGAAGCGUAUGCGCAGGCUGAAGCGCAAAAGGAGAAAGAUGAGGCAGAGGUCCAAGUAGACAUCUCCUGCAGUGCUACUGAAGCUGCAGAGCAGAGCAUGGAAUGGUGGAGCUUGGGAAGCUGACUUCCAGACAAGGCCUGCUAUUUGAUGCUACUGUUAGAAGACUCCUUGCUUAUCUUCAGGAACUUCCAUCUUGAAGCCUAGGAGCUGUGAUCUGUAAUGGGUGCCAGCCCUCAGCUUUACUAUUCUGGACUGGUUCUCUUCUUUGCGGCUUGAUGUAGUGACUGUAUAUAAUAAAACCCAUUUUGGGAAUUCACACUUGGGACAAUUCAAGGCUGAAACCUCGCAGUAACCCACCUUGGCAUGUAUUUGAAAACGCUGCUUCAUAAAGCCGCCUGAUCCUGGCUGCCAGCCCCACGGGGUCACGGAAAGAAUGCCGGACCGCGACAAUACCUACAACGGUAGCGGCAGCGAUGAGGCAAGCGCCAACUCUGAUGACAUCUGCCGAGAUUUUUUGCGCAACGUCUGCAAGCGGGGCAAGCGCUGCCGUUUCCGCCACCCCGACAUCAACGAGGUGACCAACCUGGGAGUUAGCAAGAACGAGUUCAUCUUCUGCCACGACUUUCAGAACAAAGAAUGCGUCCGCAUCAACUGCCGCUUCAUUCACGGCACCAAGGAAGACGAGGACUGCUAUAAGAAGACCGGAGAGCUGCCCCCACGCCUCCGCCAGAAAGUGGCGGCCGGGCUGGGCCUUUCCCCGGCCGAUCUUCCCAACAGCAAGGAGGAAGUGCCCAUCUGCAGGGAUUUCCUGAAGGGGGAUUGCCAGCGUGGAGCCAAAUGCAAAUUCCAGCAUCUGCAGCGGGAUUUUGAGUACGAUGCCCGGGGGCUGACUACUCGGGAGCAGGGCAUCACCACGCCUGUGCGGCGAUACGACCCUUACGACCCCAUGUACGAUUCUGACCGAUGCUAUGAUGAUCACGAUCCUGUGCUCAAGAGGCGGAGGGUGGACGGGCUCCACUUUGAGACUUACGAGUACAACUUUACCAGUCCGCGCACGGUGGAAUACCGGCUCCUGGAAGAGGAGAACAUCAUGCUCCGCAAACGUGUAGAAGACCUCAAGAAGCAGGUCAACAACCUCCUGGCCACCAAUGAAGUCCUCUUGGAGCAGAAUGCCCAGUUCCGCAACCAGGCCAAGGUGAUGACGCUCAGUUCCACAGCCACGCCCACGGAACAGACUCUGGCGCCCACGGUUGGCACAGUCACCAACUACAAUCACAGCAUUGCCCAGACCCACACCACCCUGAGCAGCCAAGCUCUGCAGCCACGGCCUGUUACGCAACAGGAUUUGGUGGCUCCAGCUGGUGCGCAGGCAGCACCGCCCAGCAACGCAGCGCCCCCUAUGAACCCCGAGAUCACCCCCUUGUCGGCAGCUCUGGCUCAGACCAUUGCCCAGGGGAUGGCCCCACCAGUCUCCAUGGCACCCGUGGCCGUGUCAGUGGCACCUGUGGCCGUGUCAAUGGCACAACCACUGGGGGGCAUAACCAUGAGCCACGCCACUACGCCCAUGGUGACGUACCCCAUAGCCUCACAGAGCAUGAGGAUAACAGCCAUGCCUCACUAGUCCCCUUCCUGAGGGAAGUGACCUCAUUCAAUAUAUGUUGCCCCCUAGGUUUGAGGGGGGGAAAUCACUGCUAGGAUCCAUUCCUAUCCUGUGGAAGGUGAACUACACAGCAGAAAGAGGCUGGCUUCAGGUGUGGAUCUGAAACCCACCAGAACUCUCAUCUCUACACACAAAGAAGGACACUAGCUUGGGUGGACAUGAGACUUUCCCUUCUCACACACACAGUGGCCGGGCUCAGGGAUGACUGGAUUAACAAAGCAAUUUAGAGGGUGUAGUAAUUGCAUAGCCUUUGUCUCUACCUUGUAUCUCUUUUGCAGCUCUUCCAUUAUCACGAAGUCACCAACCAGUCUCUUUCGGAGUUUAGUAACGGAGUUUAUUAUCUCUCUGGUGGAAGCAUUGCACUCACACACACAGACACACACAGUCCAUCCUGUGCUGGCCCGGAGGGAAGAUGUGGGUAGGCUUUCCCUUUGCUCAGUCAGAUGUGGAGAGGAAAAAGGGCUGAAAGGCUGCUUGUUCCCCAGAGAGCAGAGGCUAAGGCAGCCUGUGUUAUGCAUAUUUGGGCAGCUUUAAGGCAAGGAUCCAGGCUCCUGGGUAUAAAUCUCCCCCCCCUCCCCGCUCUGUUACAACAGACAGAAAAAUUAGAACUGGCAGCAGAAGGGAGAGGUAAAUCCAGCCAUUUCUUCUGGCUUGAUUGGGCCUUGAGUCUAGGAAUACCAAUCAUGACCCUAAAAGGAAUGGGUUAAAUAUGCUCCCUUACUGAAAUAAGCCAGGUUGAGAUGAUUGUGGGUACAACAGAGAUGGCACAUUUUGUAUUAAUUCCUGGGUUUCUCAGAAUUCAGAAUGAAGUGGCAGGUUGUCUCCAGGCCAAACCAAGGAUGAGCAGCGUUAUUUCCCAUUGACACCUGCAGGAGUAUGAUGUGCCUUGUGAGCCCCCAGUAGUCUCCCCCUCUCUUGGGCUUACCACUGAGGUUUUUGCUGCUUCCUGCCUGUAGUUCCUGUCUGAAUUGCUCGCAUAUACGGGGACUCUGUAGGCCUUUGUUGGGGGUUUUUUGGUAGGGGCUUCCCUGCUGUAUGUCACUCCUUGCUCUCAUUUUUUUUUUAAAGGAGAUACUUCUGUCAGUGUCGUUCUUUUCGUUGUGAAUUUCAAGCUCAUCCUUGGGUCUGAAAGUAACUUUUUUUGCAUUUCCCCCGUUCUCCUUGGAUUGGUUUUUUUUAAAGAUGUUUUAAAAGGAAAAUGUUUCACGACCCAGCUGUUUCUACAGUUCAGUGUAAAGGUUUUCAGCUAUUAAAGCAAAUGUACAG